UUUGACAGUUGAAAACUAACCUAAAAUGUUAAAAAUGAUUGUAAAUUUAGGAUGUUUUGAAAAUCUUGUUUUCAGUUUAUAUUUUUAUUGAAACGUAACUAAUUUUAGAUAAAUAUUUUCAAGAUUCUUGAAAAAAAUUGAUUUAUUAUGAUCUGAGUGUACUGAGAUGCUUUUUGUUUUGAUUUAAUUCGUAAUAUUUUCAGCUGAAGAAGUUAACAAGAUGUUUUCUCUUACAAAUGGUAUGUUCUCUUCAAAUUCUGGUUUUGGCUACAUGGAACAGAUAAUAAGUCAGUUGGAACGUGGUACUCUUGUUACCAAAUUUUCAUGGAGAAAAAAAGCUGAAAGAAAAACUCUAGCCAUAAGAAGAGAAACUCAACAACUUGUAUGGACAAGAAUUACUAGUCCAACAAAAUCAAUAGAUGGAGCAAUUGAUCUGAGAGAAAUCAAAGAAAUCCGUUUAGGAAAAAGUUCAAAAGAUUUUGAAAAAUGGCCUGAUGAAACUAAAAAAAUUGAAAAUUUGAAAUGCUUUGUUGUAUAUUAUGGUUCUGAAUUCAAACUGCGAGUUUUGAGUGUUGUGGCUCUGUCAGAAAAAGAAUGUGAAUUGUGGUUGAAAGGACUACGAUACCUUGUAGGAGAUACUUUAACAGCUCCUUACUCUAUUAGAGUCCAAUGUUGGUUGAGAAAAGAGUUUUAUGCAAUGGAAAACAUGAAAGAAACUGUAAACUUGAAGGAUCUUAAGGCAUUCUUUCCACGCAUAAAUUAUAAAAUUUCAAUGAACAAACUUAGAGAGAUAUUUAAUGAAGUCGAUACAAGGAAAAGAACAGAAAUUGGUUUUGAUGAUUUUGCUGUAUUGUAUCAAAAAGUGAUGUUAGACGAAAAGAAAUUGGAUACUUUAUUUGACAAAAUUUUGGAUUAUUCUCCUAACUUAAAAACAGUUAGUUUGCAUGACCUUUCCAAUUUUUUAACUAAAGAACAAUCUCAGCCAGUUGAUGAUGAGAGAACCCUAUCAACAUUAAUGUGUAAUUUUUUGAAGGACCCACAGAGGGAUGUACAAGAUCCAUAUUUUACAGUAUAUGAAUUUAUGGAUUUUUUGUUCUCUAAACAAAAUGAUCUUUGGAAUCCUAUUAGAAAUAACGUUUAUCAAGAUAUGUGCAGACCCUUGUCACAUUACUGGAUUUCAUCAUCACACAAUACAUACCUGACUGGUGAUCAGUUUUCGAGUGAAUCCUCUGUGGAAGCUUACGUAAGAUGUCUCAGAAUGGGCUGUAGAUGCGUUGAACUUGAUUGUUGGGAUGGGCCUGAUGGAAUGCCUUUCAUUUAUCAUGGACACACCUUGACAACAAAAAUAAAAUUCAUAGAUGUGAUAAGAACUAUAAAAGAACACGCCUUUUCCACUUCUGAAUAUCCUGUUAUAUUGUCCAUUGAAGAUAAUUGUUCCCUUCCUCAGCAGAGAAAGAUGGCAUCUGCCAUGCAGGAAGUUUUUGGAGAUAUGUUAGUAGUUCAACCUGUGGACAAGAAUGAAAAGCAAUUACCCAGUCCAUUUCAGUUGAGAAGGAAGAUAAUAUUGAAGCAUAAAAAACUACCAGACGGACAAGAGGAAGCAGCUGUUGUGAUAAGGACUGACGGAAAUGAGUUAGAUCUUCGAAAUUCAGUUAAAAAUGGCAUUAUGUACAUUGAAGAUCCAGUAGAUAAGGAGUGGAAUCCUCAUUUCUUUGUUCUCACCAAUAAUCAACUUUUUUAUACUGACAGUUACAGAUUGGAUCCCGAAUCUGAAAGAUCUGAAGAUGAAGAGGAUAGUUCUUCAUCGUCUUCAUUUCAACGUCCGAAAUCAGAUAUUCCAAAUGAAGAACUUCAUUUCAGUGAAAAAUGGUUUCAUGGUAAACUUAAGGAUGGAAGAGAUGAAGCUGAAAGGCUUUUAAAGACUUAUGCUUAUUUAGGUGAUGGCACAUUCCUUGUUAGAGCAAGUGUUACUUUUGUGGGAGAAUAUUGCCUAUCAUUCUGGAGAUGUGGACAGGUGAACCACUGUAGGAUCAGAUCUAAACAAGAUAAACAACAAACCAAAUUCUAUCUGAUGGAUUCAAAAUUUUUCGAUAGUUUAUACAGUUUGAUCACCUAUUACCGCUCAAAUCCAUUGGUGACAGCAGAAUUUGCAAUCACUUUGCAAGAACCAGUUCCACAGCCCAAAAAACAUGAAACCGAAGUGUGGUAUCACAAGAAUACUGGAAAGUUAAAAGCUGAGGAAAUUUUGAAGAGAAUAAAAACAGAAGGAGCUUUUAUAGUAAGGCCUAGCGAAAAUGAUUCUAACUGUUUCACCAUUAGUUUCAGAGCGGAUAAGAAAAUCAAACAUUGUAGAAUCAAAUUAGAAGGUCGUUUGUACACAAUAGGAAAUGUUGAGUUUGAGAGUCUUGUUGAACUGAUAAACUAUUAUGAGAACCAUCCACUCUAUAGAAAAGUCAAGUUAACAUAUGCCAUAAGUGAAGAUUCAGUUAGGAGAAUGUCAACGGAUCUCCAAGAUUCACCAGUUUAUAACAGCACACCUUCUUACAUGGAUCCGAGCGCAUUCGCCCCGCCAAAAAUAAAUGUGAAAGCUCUUUAUGAUUACAGAGCUCAGAGACCAGAUGAAUUGUCUUUCUGUAAACAUGCGAUCAUCAACAAUGUCACAAAACCAGAGAACAGCCGUGGUUGGUGGCGUGGUGAUUAUGGAGGCAUGAAACAAUUGUUUUUCCCUGCGAAUUAUGUUAUGGAGAUCGAUGAUCAACAAGAGUCUGAUGAUGGGUCAAUGUUACAAGGUCAUUUGGAUAUGUGUGGCGCUGUCGUUGAUCUUCUGCAAAACCCCGAUAGGGUAGGUUUAGAAUGGGUGCUCAGAAUUGUGACAUCUACUGCGUGCACCCCGUUUGAAGUCGCUGUCCACUCGAAAGAAUUGGCGUUGGAAUGGUUGUUGAAUAUCAGGGAAGUUGCUCAGAGAGCAUGUGCUUUAGAAACUCAACACAGAGAAAUGGAAAGAGCCUGCCGAAUAGCAAAGGAAAUGUCAAAUUUGAUAAUUUAUUGUCGAUCUGUUGCUUUCAAUUUGGAGAGAGCUCGGAGUAAUCCUUUCAUUUAUAAUGAGAUGUCUUCAUUUCCAGAAAACAAAGCUGAAAAGCUUAUCUGCCAACAAGAAAGACUAUUCUUUUUAAGAUACCAUCAGCACCAAUUUUCACGUGUUUAUCCCAAGGCCCAAAGGUACGACUCAUCAAAUUACAGCCCGAUCAACUUGUGGAACUGUGGUUCCCAGAUGGUGGCCUUAAAUUUUCAAACGGGUGAUAAAGCGAUGCAAUUAAACCAAGCAAAAUUCAGAGAUAAUGGCUCGUGCGGUUAUCUAUUGAAACCCGAAUUUAUGUUGAGAAAUGACUUCGAUCCCUUUGACAGAACCACGUUGGUUGGAGUGGAACCUUUGAAAAUUUCGAUAACUGUUAUUGCUGCCCGUCAUCUGAAUAAAUCUAAAAGGGGUACUGCUAGUCCAUUUGUCGACAUUGAAGUUCAAGGGGCUCCGUACGACACUGGUGUGAAGCUGGUAACAAAACCUGUUGCUGAUAAUGGGUUCAACCCUAUCUGGAUAAAUGAAUCCUGUGAAUUUGUGGUAUUCAAUCCUCAUUUUGCACUCUUGAGAUUCUUGGUACAAGAUGAAGAUGUUUUUGGAGAACCUAAUUUUAUAGGUCAGGCUACAUAUCCGGUAUUAUGUUUACGUACUGGUUAUAGGAGUGUGUGGCUGAAAAAUAUAUUCAGUGAAGACUUAGAACUAGCAUCUCUCUUGAUAAAUAUUCGCAUAAAACAUAGUUCUGAACUACAUAAUAAAUGAAGAAAGUCAUGUACAUCAAAUAAAAACAAUGGAUCUACAGCAUUAUCUUGGACGCUCAGAUUCUAAAGAAUCGUUUUGAAAUAACAUAUCUCAUGAAGUUUUAUAUUUAUCAAAUUCAAUAGGGUGUUCAAGUCCAUUUUUCAAAGUUCAAACUAUUUAUGAACUGAGCAAGGUCAAUUGUUAAUAUUUAGGAUUUGAAUUAUAAUUCGAUAUUUCUCCAUAUUUGAGCCUUUGGCUUUGCGAUUGGAUUAGGAAGUUCAUGUUCAAUUCCUCUAUAAAGAAGCUUUCAAGUAAUGUACUGGGGAAAACUCAGGAAUGCAGGAGAGAGAUAAAAUCAAAAAUUUCAUAUUGAUAAGUUUAUACUGGGACACAAUUGGUGUUGCAGACAAACAUUUUUGAUAUAUUUUACUGACUUCAUUGUUCCUAUAGAAGAUAGGUAUUAUAAAGUAAAUAUGUGAUGCAAUUUUUACCUUCAACUUGUUUCUUGUUCUAUUUAACAAUUAUGUCUUCUAAAUUGAAUUAGCUCAUUGAUAAAAUUAUUGAUAGAAUCAAGUGAAAUAAUGUGUAAAAGAUUUGUUGUUGAAUUUGAGGCUUUAACAUAAAAUAGUGCAGAAUAUUUUUAGAAGAAAAAUUUUAUGAUUAUUGAAUUAUUUAAUGAUAUAUUGAUAUAAUUUUUCCUUGAUAUAAAAAGGAUACUUUUAUUUACAUGGUUAUUUCAAACGAUAGUUAUAUUUUGAAUGAUAUAUUAUUAUUGAAUUGUUUCAGGUUAUAUAUUAGCUUUUACGAAGUUGGUUCACUGCCUCUUAUAUUAUAUUGCUUUAAUUAUGCAUUUUUUAUAUAGAAAAAAAAAUGAAAUCAAUCAAUUAUUCAAAAAUAACAAGUUAUUUUGGCUUGUUCUUGUAAAAGCCUAAAUAUUAAUUCUGAAGAAAAUUAUUUAUUUUCUGACUUAAUAAAAUAUUUCAUAUCAAUAUUUAUACAUAUUUUCUGUAAUUUAUUUGAAAUCUUAUUAGUAAGACCAAAUGGGAUUUGAUGAAUUUCAUUAAUUAUUAUUCAUUAAUUUGAAUCAUAUGAAUGUAUAGUCAAUAAAUGAUUAAUCUAAGACUGGAAUAACAAAUCAAAUUAUAUUUAUUCGAAGCAAUAAAAUAGUUAUUCAAUUA